ACUCUCCGACAAACAAAACAGUCCGACAAAUCAGGCAUACUGGAGUGAGUAACAUCGACGAUUAACGUGAAAAAUGGUGAAAAGAUGCUCGUAUGGGACUUGCAACUCAGACAGCAGGUACCCAGAAAGGCUGGGAAAUAUACAAUUUUAUCCGUUCCCCAAACCUGCCACGAACCUGGAGAAGUGUAUUAAAUGGAUAGGUUUGUGUGGACGGCCUCACCAUCAACUGAACGUGGACAAGCUGAGAAACCAAUCUAAAGCUAAACACGUCUAUGUGUGCUCAAAGCACUUCAUUGACGGCCGACCAACACCCGAUCACCCUGAUCCUCUGCCUGCGUUGACCGAUGGCCAAAGCAGACGUGUGAGACGUCAGUCAAAGAUGCAAACUGUGUCAGUGCCUCAAAGGAAAAGACAACAAGCUGACAGCAUUCCAGACAAUGUUGAAAUCAUCAGAGUUGGGUUUGAUCUACAAGGUGUUUCCACGGAUAUUACAGGAGAGACGGAAACAAAAUCAUUAAUAGAGAACACCACUACAGAGCAAAGCACUAUAGGCAUUAAAAUAGAGUGCACAGAUGACCAACCCCAGAUGAGAGUAAAACAAGAAGAAGAAAAAGAAGAAGAAGUAGAAAGACUGAAGGCUCUUCUUGCUGAAAAAGAACAAGAAAAUGACCUGCUAAUGGAGAAAAUCCGAACUUUUCAGGCAACUUACCCAUUAACACCAGAGAUUAUAAAUAACAGCAGUGUCCCCAACUACUUCAGACACUGCACUGGGUUCACUUACGAUGGGUUUAACAAACUGUGCACAUUUUUCAGAUUACCAUAUAAUAAAACAGUCCCACAAACACACAUCCCAUCAGAUGAUAAACUGAACGGGUACAUCCGCCUUAUGCCUUUACGUCAACAGUUUCUACUUGUGCUUAUAAGACUAAGACAAAACUUCCACCUUAAAGACCUUGCUUUCAAAUUUCAAAUUGAUAUGCAAAUCGUCAGCACUUUAUUCAGUUCAUGGAUUGACUUCAUGUAUGGCAGGCUAAGUAGUAUGCCCGUCUGGUCACACAGGGACAUCAUAGCAAAAAACAUGCCAGAUAACUACAAAGCAGAAUUUCCAACCACUUUCGCAAUUCUCGAUUGCGCAGAGAUAAAGAUAGAGAAACCCAGCUCACUGUUAGUGCAAAAUCAGAGUGAUUCUAACUAUAAGCUUGCGAACACAUUGAAGUCUUUAAUAGUCUGUGACCCUUGUGGCUCCAUUAUGUUUGCGUCUACACUUUACCCAGGAACGAUUUCUGAACAAGAGCUAUUUAGACAGAGCAAAAUCAAAGAUUUUCUGGAAGAUCUGCUUCAGCGUGGCUACCUUGAGAGAGGUGACGGGCUUAUGGUGGAUAAAGGGUUUCUGAUUGAGAAAGAUGUGAAUGAGCUUGGCCUUAAACUAAACAUUCCUCCAUUUGCAAGGUCAAAUCUUCAAAUGCCAGUCUCGGAUGUUGAGAUGACAAAGAAAAUAGCCGAACAGCGAGUUCAUGUAGAAAGAGCAAUAGCCAAAGUCCAAAAAUUUAAAAUAGUAUCUGGUCAGAUCUCUAAUUCUAUGUUAGAAAAUAUAAAUCGGAUAUGGUUUGUGGUGUGCAUGUUGUCUAAUUUCCAACAACACAUCAUUCAGGCAUAGGUUGCACAAAUUUUUUUAUAGAAUGCUGAAACUGGACAGUUGACGGCACCUAUUUACUUCCUUUAACUUAUGUGGCCAUGAUUUCUGUCUGUUAUAAAAAUGAAUUUGCAUUUUGUAUCUCAUGGUUAACAAUUCAAACUUGUAUAUUUUUAUAUUUUCUUGUUAUAUUGUGAAUAUUUUUUGUAAUAAACUGGCUGCCCACAAA